CUCGCCCUCGGGAGGUGAGGACCCCUCCCUUCUCUGGCGGCCGAGCUUCUUAGGGGGGUGGCCAGAGGACAGAAAGGGGCGUGCUCCCCCUCCCGCGGGUGAAGACAGCAUGCCCGUGUAAUGCCCCUGUCUCCCGUCUCAGCAGCGCUGACCUCGCCCGCCCCUCCGCUCUUGACUUCGGAGCCUGAGCAUUCUUCGCUGGUCCCCGGAACCGCUGGCGCGGCGAUGGAGGAGGAGCUCAAGUGCCCGGUGUGCGGCUCCCUAUUCCGGGAGCCCAUCAUCCUGCCCUGCUCUCACAAUGUCUGCCUGCCGUGCGCUCGCACCAUCGCGGUUCAGACCCCAGACGGCGAGCAGCAUCUGCCCCCGCCGCUCUUGCUUUCGCGGGGUGCCGCCGCCGUGCCCCCUCCGGAUCAGGAUGCUGCAGCCGGCGCGACCUGCGGAGGCGCGGGAGCUAGCACAGCUGGAGGCCUGGGCGGCGGGGCGGCCGGUGGUGGAGACCACGCGGACAAGCUGAGCUUGUACAGUGAGACUGACAGCGGCUAUGGCUCCUACACCCCCAGCCUCAAGUCCCCCAACGGAGUCCGCGUGUUGCCCAUGGUGCCUGCGCCCCCAGGCUCGUCUGCCGCCGCGGCCCGAGGCGCUGCCUGCUCCUCACUCUGCUCGUCCUCCAGCUCCAUCACCUGCCCGCAAUGCCACCGCAGCGCUUCACUGGAUCACCGCGGCCUGCGAGGCUUCCAGCGCAAUCGACUGCUGGAGGGCAUAGUGCAGCGGUACCAGCAGGGCCGUGGGGUUGCUGCGGGAGCGUCUGCAGCCCCGGCGGUGGCCAUCUGCCAGCUGUGCGACCGCACCCCACCGGAGCCGGCAGCCACUCUCUGCGAGCAAUGCGACGUGCUCUAUUGCGCCACCUGCCAGCUCAAGUGCCACCCGUCCCGGGGCCCCUUCGCUAAGCAUCGGUUAGUUCAGCCGCCGCCGCCGCCGCCAGCACCCCCAGAGGCUACCCCUGUUUCAGCCGGCACAUCCACCGCCCCGAGCGCAGGAGGAUGCAGGAGCCCAGGGGGUGCCGGGGCCAGCGCGCCUCGAAAGUUCCCCACAUGCCCCGAGCACGAAAUGGAGAACUACAGCAUGUACUGCGUGAGUUGUCGGAGCCCGGUGUGCUUCCUGUGCCUGGAGGAAGGCAGGCAUAGCAAACACGAGGUGAAGCCGCUGGGGGCAACGUGGAAGCAACACAAGGCCCAGCUGUCUCAGGCCUUAAAUGGAGUUUCAGAUAAGGCCAAAGAGGCGAAGGAGUUCCUGGUUCAGCUCAAGAACAUAUUACAGCAGAUCCAGGAAAAUGGAUUGGACUAUGAAGCUUGCCUGGUGGCCCAGUGUGAUGCCCUGGUGGACGCACUGACCCGGCAGAAAGCCAAGCUGCUCACCAAGGUGACCAAAGAGAGGGAGCACAAGCUGAAGAUGGUUUGGGACCAGAUCAAUCACUGCACACUGAAGCUGCGCCAGUCCACAGGCCUGAUGGAGUACUGCCUGGAGGUGAUCAAGGAAGAUGACCCUUCUGGGUUCCUGCAGAUCUCAGAUGCCCUGAUCAAGCGCGUGCAGAUGUCUCAGGAGCAGUGGGUCAAAGGUGCCCUGGAGCCCAAAGUAUCUGCAGAAUUUGACCUGACUUUGGACAGCGAGCCGCUGCUGCAAGCCAUCCACCAGCUGGACUUCGUCCAGAUGAAAUUGCCACCUGUACCCCUGCUGCAGCUGGAGAAGUGCUGCACCCGCAAUAACAGCGUCACCCUGGCCUGGAGGACACCGCCCUUUACCCACAGCCCCGCGGAUGGCUACAUCCUGGAGCUGGACGACGGCGAUGGGGGGCAGUUCCGGGAAGUAUACGUCGGCAAGGAGACUCUGUGCACCAUUGACGGGCUCCACUUCAACAGCACCUACAAUGCCAGAGUCAAAGCCUUCAACUCUUCUGGUGUCGGACCCUACAGCAAGACUGUGGUCCUGCAGACCUCUGAUGUGGCCUGGUUCACUUUUGACCCCAACUCUGGUCACCGGGACAUCAUCUUAUCUAAUGACAACCAGACAGCCACCUGCAGUAGCUAUGACGACCGGGUGGUGCUAGGCACGGCUGCGUUCUCCAAAGGCGUGCACUACUGGGAGCUGCACGUGGACCGCUAUGACAACCACCCAGACCCUGCCUUCGGGGUGGCCAGGGCCAGCGUCGUCAAGGACAUGAUGCUGGGCAAGGAUGACAAGGCCUGGGCUAUGUACGUGGACAACAACCGCAGCUGGUUCAUGCACUGUAACUCACACACCAACAGGACUGAAGGCGGAGUGUGCAAGGGGGCGACGGUGGGCGUGCUGCUGGACCUGAACAAGCACACAUUGACCUUCUUCAUCAAUGGGCAGCAGCAGGGCCCCACAGCCUUCAGUCACGUAGAUGGGGUCUUCAUGCCUGCCCUCAGCCUCAACCGAAACGUGCAGGUCACCCUGCACACAGGACUGGAGGUGCCAACAAACCUAGGACGGCCAAAGCUGUCAGGCAACUAGCCUGGUGGCUCCUGCUGCCUAGCUGGCUGUCAUGGAGGCCCUCGCGGAGGACAAGGGCACAACAGGAAGUCCUGGGUCCCAGCAGCCAGCGAACGAACGUCUGAAGAUGCUUUUUGGGGGGGAAUGGAGAGUAAAGGGGCUGUGAGUAACAAGGCCAUACUGUGGCUGCCUAUGUCUGUCAGGAGUGACCUCUCACCUCUAUGCCACGGAGCUUAUGGUCCCCAGGGUGCCCUCAAGGUGGCGCUCUGGAAGCCUUUGGUUUCAGGCUGAUGUUGUCUGACACUGUUUGGAAAGUUUGGUUUCCCCUUAGAUUCUUUUCCUGGAGGGAGAGAGGAAGGCUAACUUUGGGACGGGUAUCCCAAGAUGAGUCUGCGCGGUGAUGUCACUCCACGCCAGGGUGUAACCUGUUUCUAGGACUCUGCUCCUGUCAAACCGGCAGCUUGUCACCUCUGCUGGGAGAAACUGACCUUGAGCCUUUGGGAUAUGGAGUCUUCAAUACACUACAACAAUACACUACAACAAUACACGACAAACUAAUUCAGGACUAAUGAAAGGGACAUUAAUCUACCAGAACCCUUCAGAAGGGCUUCCUUAAGGCCUUUAUUAGCCAUGUGCUAUCAACCCCCCACACACACACACACGGUGUGUGUAACAACCAGUUAAAUUUUAUUCAUUCUGUUCUUAGUUACAAACGGAAACACUGGAAUCCAAGGCAGUGACAUGCCUUUGCACAGCGGUGGCUUUUUCUAGAACCUGCUUUCCCAGACAUUGAUGGAAAUCUACCUACUCUGCCUUCCUUCCUGGGCUAGGCCUUGAGCACAGAAGCAGCAGACGCUGGGAAGGCCUCACAUCAAAGCCCCUGUAACUUCCCCGGAUGCCCUGCUGGAAACAUCAUGAACAUGAGAAGUAACCCUGGUGGUCAUAUGGGUGGCUCUGUCACAAUGGGAUAGACGAGGCCUGGAGAAAGGCUGAGACUCGAUGAUGACACCUUACAACUUGUCUUUCCACAUGAGCCAGAGUUCUCUGGGGUGCAGGGAGGCGCUGCUCUUGCUGGUGAGGUCCACAUGGAGUCACCCUCCUUCAGGCCCCGCAUCCUCCCUUCCAGCAUCCCGCAGUCUCCUGUUCUGCCUGGAAGUAACCUUGCUCUCUCCUUUGGAAAGAAUUUAUCAGGUGUUUCGUUUUACACGGAGGAAUGACUUGCCCAUCAGCUGGGCUGGUUUUCAUCGGAUGCAUCUGCACGACGACCCCAACCGUGCUUCCUCGCCGCCUUUGCGCACAGGUCCUGCACCUGUUCCCAAGUACCCACCUCUGGGCUGCACAGACCCUCCUACCAGUCCUACCUCAGAGCUCUUGCUCAUGGCCCUUGUUUCCUCAGAUACUCCGACGUCACCAGGAGCAGUUCAGCACUGUCCAGCCUCCACAUUGGGUCCGGGAGUCACCUUCAAUGCAGAGGUGUGUAGCUUUGGCUUCUUUGGACUCUCUUCCUGCUGAGUGGUCUCUGGCUCAGUGGUCCAUAACUCCAUCUAAAGCCCUCAGGGGAGCUCACAGGACCCUGGCUACCAUGUCCUCAGUUGCUCAACUGGUCCUGUUGACCCACAGCCACAGUUCUGGAAGACCCCAGCAGAUGGAGGGAAAGGCGCUUCAAAGCGAAGACCCAGGCAGUCACGUGUGGCCAUGGUUGGGGUGGUGGUGAUGGUGAUGGUGAUGGUGGUGGUUCAGGUGUCUGACUCUCUGGUGGAAGAGUCCAGAGACCUGGGAGCAAGAACACACAAAAAAGCUGGCCGGAGGAGCCCCGCAGUCUUCAAAGCCCAGGUCAAGCACCUGCCUGGGAAACAGGAGUCACUUGGGCAGACCUGGAGCUGUGGAUGGCUUUGGGGAGAUAAGGAAAUGACCACCAUUCCAGGGAACUUUUUUUCUGGUGCUGGAAAAUCUAACCCAUGGCCUUGGUCUUGCACAUGCUCAACCACUGAGCCCCCAGCGCUCUCAGAGAUCACUUUCCUCCUUCUCCUCUUCCUCCUCUUCUUCUUCCUCCUUUCUCCUCCUUUUACUCUUCCUCCUUCUUAUUUUAGUUUGUUUGAGACAUAGUCUCACACU